CUCAGAGCUAAAUAUAAGAAAAACUCUCACCACUAAACUCUCACCUCACAAGGGCGAUGGCAACAAAACCAGAAUUUGCGCAGAAACUGCUGCAUGACCUUCGCCUUCGGAAACAGCGUAUAGCCAGUGCUCAAAGUUCAGACAUGUACAAGAGCUCGACACAGAACUUCACAGGAUCUAGGGGGACAAGGACACCCGAGGCAGUAAGUUUCUUUUUGCAACACUCCAAAAAAAUCCAACAUACAACUACAGUUAAGGUACCGGAUAACAAAUUAACAACCAAUACUAUUCAAAAACUACAGGUUAAUCCCAGAAUUGAAAGCAGGUACAGGAGCUCCAGCAAUAGCCAGAGAUCCCCUGCAACUGUACAAGCUGCUAACCAAAUAGUCCCUUAUGGUGGAGGCCAUCAUUCGGGACAAUUAGCUGACGCAUCUAUGGCUCUAUCUUAUGCCUUCGACAACAGAGGGAAACUAAAAAGACUAGACAUUGCAAGUAAUGGUGCAAUGAUGAAUCUGUUACAGCAAAUAGGAAGGAGAUCAAUGCAACAAUGUCUCGACAUCCAUUUGCAAUCAACAAACCAAUUUCCAACCCUUACGCAUCUCCACGUUGAUGAAAUCUCAAAGGGAGCCCAAAAAUUAAACCAAAUUCUUAAAGCCUGCUCUAGGGGUAUUAACAAUGGUGAAGGCCCCAUAGAAAUUGGGAAUGAGCUUUGGAAAGGAGCAAUGGAAUUGGAACAAUCCCUCAGAAUGCUGGUGAGCUUGCAAGAGGCAUCAGAAAACACAAAAAGCCAACGAAGGAGAACCCACCUCAAACUGAUCGAUGACAAUGGAGAUAGUGAGGAUGACAGGACUGUCAGCUCGCAAAAGCAAAAGCAAGUGGAGAGGCCAGUUUUCUCAUUUGACAAACCUUCUAAGAACACUAAAGCAAGUGUACAAACAGAUUUGCAACAAAAGCUUACAGCUCUCCCGUACCUAGAGGAUUCAUCUUCUAAACCUGAGAGACACAUGGCCCCAAAAAGUAGUCCUCACAGGCGUACUGCUAGCUGUGGUCCAGAAUUUCAGACAUCUCAGCUAACAAAUUCCUCACAUACAAAACACAAUGCAGCCAGACUUCCCAAUGUUAUUGCAAAGUUAAUGGGGCUAGAGGAACUUCCACAGAACAUUAACUCAAAGGUGUCCACAGAAAGUCCACACUCCCAGCAAAAAUCAAUGGAAUUGGUUUCAAUUCAUACUGCAGAAAGGUCCAAAAGUGUCAACUUGAAGAUGGAGCUUGCUAAAAAUAACAUAAUCCAAGUCAACCAAAACAAAGUGCAAAGCAGCAAAAUAACAGUAUUGGCGACUCAUAAAAUAGAGCUGCAAGAAGACACAUACAGGUCAAACAGCAGUCACAAAACAAAACAUGAUAAAGAGAAACCCAAGUGGAAUGAGGAAGAGAGAGAGGGAGUCAAAAAUUAUGUAAAAGAGUCAAAAGCAGCUAUGUCCAAGAUAAAUGAACUGCAAAAUAAAAUUAUGCACCUAAACCAAGAUGGUGGGAGCCCAAAAGGCAUUACAAAGGAGGCAGAAACAAGAAAAAUGAAACAAAAGCAACAAGAACUUGCAGAUGCCAAAAAAACAUCACAGCAAAUGGUAGCGCCACAAAAUAGAAGUUUGGACAUAGAAGAAAUAGUGCAAGCAGAUACACCGGCUAACUCAAAUAUCCAUGAAACACAAAAGACAUCAAGCAAGCCUCUACUUCCAAGGGAAAAGCAGAACCGGAGCAUCCAGUUACAGCAGAUGAGCAUGCUCUAUGGGCCUCAAGGUAAGAAGCUUAAAGCAGAAAAGAGAAGCCAGCAGAUAACAAAAAGUACAUCGGGGCUGAGAAAAAGAGAGCACAAAUCAGAAAAAUUGCCCAGCACAAGAGAUCUGAGGAAUUUGCAGAAGCAGCCCAUCAAGCAGCGAAAUGCAAGAAAAAAAAUUGCAGAAGAUGUUGUAUUAGCAGCUUCAAAAGCAUUGUUGACCAACAGGCAAAAUGACAAAUCAGACAGCGCUGGCAGAUCAAUGAACCCGGAUGACAAACGGGAGAGCUCAGUGUGUUUGAAAUCAGAUCAAAACAGCCACUCCAUAGAUUGGUUAACUGACUCACAAAUGACAGAAGUUACUGCCAGCUCCAACAAGGACACAAAGUGCACCCACGAUUCACCGAGAAAGGUGGUAAGUGACAUAAAAACCCCAAAUGUUAGUCCCAGAGUGAUGACAAAAGAAGAAAUCACGAAAAGAAUCACAAAUCCAAGGGCAUUGGCUAGGGCAAUCAAGCCUCAGAGACCAACGCCACACAGACUGCAGCAAAGUAAGCUCAACACAAUCAACUUCUCAACCGCAGCAGCAGAGGCAAAUGAAACCAUAUCAAAGUCAACAAAAAGCAUACAAGGGAAUCAAGAACCAAACAGGCUGCCAAUAAAUGAAAAAUCUCAACAAAAUAUGGAUGCUGAAAAGAUGGACAACAGAAAUAAUACAGUCCGAGAUAAACAUUCACUUAGAAUGGAGGAAGCCACUCAACUAAAUCCAGGUGACGGGGGUGAGUACACAAUAUCAACAGUUUCUGAUGAUCAACAGGAACACCUGAUACCUCAUGAAGCCGAUGUCAGACUUCAGAUAACUGCAACAGAUGGUCAAGAGGAUUGCAAAAUCAAUUCCUGUGAUCGAGAUGAGCAGCAGGCGCCUCUAAAGAUAGAAAAGCAAGAGCCACUGACAGAAGAUGAGCUGUUUUUGAAGCAGAAACUCAUAACAAGUCACCUUUUUCUAAAUACAGCAGAGGCACUAUUCAAGCUUAACAUUCCUAUCAGCAUUCUUAACUAUGCUAGCGAUCAGAUAUGUGAAGAGAAGGAUAGCAAGAUGAUAGUGGACAGUGGCUAUGAACUCCUGAAAAGAAAAGGAAGACGAGAAUUAUUCUAUUAUCCUAGCAUCAAUGUUUUUAACACUUGCACAGGAAUAAGGUCUCUGGAUGAUUUAGUGAGACAACUGCACAAAGACUUUCAGGCCCUGAGAUCAUAUGGAAGAAAUAGAAGGGACGAAUAUGAUUACGCAAACUGUAUUCUCCAAAUGCUGGAAAAUGAUAUAUACAAUAGGUAUCCUAAUUUAAACUGCAUGUGGGACUAUGGCUGGAAUGAGGUGAAAUUUCCAUAUGCGAAAAUGGAUGAGGUGAUAAGCAGCAUAGAGCAGCUACUGCUUGAUGAACUCUUGAGUCAGAUAAUAGACUACUUGUAGAUUAUCUGUAAAGCAAAUAUAUAUAAAUAUAUGUGUGUAUAUAUAUAUGAACCAAAUUAGUAGAAGAGUCUUCCGUCUUGAUGUCAUCUCCAAGUUUGAUGCCUUAACGUUCAUGAUAUAAACCCUUCAACAAAUGCAUUAAGUUGCCACGGGAUCUGAUAGACAAACUUAUUUUCAUCCUCCAUUUUGAGAUGUUAUACCCAUUGAACUUGUCAUUUGAAAAGUCACACAUAA